AUGACUUCACCAGACGUUCGGCCAGAACCCCACCCUUCCACAGUCUUUUCCCUCGUCCCUAUCAAUCCAAGGGCAAAAGCGGUGCUGGACCACCCCUCCAACGGUCACCUGAUCUCUGUUGUCCACAAUCCCGACGAUCCCUUGAACAAUUUGGGAAUCAACGUGGGUCCGCACAUUAGUUCAUCCUCACAAUAUGCCCUGACGACACUCGGACGGGGUGGUACAGACAUCACACUGGAAGGAGCAACCAUUUCACGCACCCACUGCUCUUUUGACAUUAACCAGGAAUUCGGUACGAUUCUCCUUCACGAUCGAUCAACGGCUCAGGCAACCAACUUCUUCGGUGAAGAUCGUCAAUCCUUUGAAAAAGGCCGAAUCCGACGAGUCGUUGUCGCCCCGGCGGUGAACACCCUUCUAGGCAUUGGCGGCCACGAUGGCCGACAACUUUUGUUCAAGCUGCUUUGGCACAAAGAAGUGAUCAAUUGGAAGGACAUGCUGAAGAUUCAAAGUCAAAAUUCUUGUGACACCCGAACUGUAUCAUCUUCUAGAUGUCCAACAUCGCUUAACACCCCUGCGGCACCAUCUUCCACGGCCCGCUAUGCUAGCCUCCACAAGAUAGGUACAGAAACCUUUGGGGAUGUCUGGCAGGCAGUCGAGACCGACACUGGCAUGCUUAUAACUGUCAAGGUUGUAAAAGAUUAUGUGCAUGGCACCAAUGACGUGCGACGGAUGAUGGUAAAACGAGAACUUGAUACUCUUGCGAAGCUCUCUCAUCCGCAUGUUGUUGAGUGUAAGGGCUUUUGGCAAGAUCUCGGAUCUCUUACAAUUCUCAUGGCCCUGAGAGAUGGGAACGUUGAGGACUUGAUUCAUCAAGGGGUCUCUGAGCCAACCUCUGACCGACACCUGGCUGUGACUGUUUUACGCCAUGUUCUUAUCGGGAUUCAUUAUCUCAGCAGCAAGAACAUCGCGCAUCGCAAUCUCAAACCAGCGAAUAUCAUUUUCACCAAGAACACAGAGGCGGGCUGCCAGUUUCAGAUCACCGACUUUAGCGUUGCAAACUCUGCAAGCAAUACCACGACUGUGGUGAUGUCACCCCGAUAUGCAGCUCCUGAGGUUCUGUGCAGUGACGGUAGGCUCCAGACCUCCAAGGCCGAUAUCUGGUCUCUAUUCGUCACUAUGGCACAUGUCCUGAACGUGGAUGGCUAUAGGGACAAAACUUUUGGCACACACGCCGAAAUAAUCCAAUCCGCGUGCAACGCAGCCGAAGACCGGGAUAUGUCUGACAUCAAAGAUAUGGUUAUUGUAGAGCCUGAGGAACGGGCUUCAGCGGCUCAGAUGCUACAGAGACUUCUUGGAGGGGAGCUUGGCUACGCCGCCUGA